ACGUGGAAAGAUGGCGGCGCUGGUGUUUGCAGGCGACGUGGAAGUGGGUUUAGAGUCGGUGUUUCCGCAGGAACUGGAGUUGUUUGCUGAUGCUUUUCCUGUGCAGACCCGGUACCGGCUCUGUGGGCACGAGCUGAGCAUCACGCAGUACCACGGGGCGCGGCUGGGAGUAGCUGCUCCGGUCUGGGAGGCGGCUCUAGCUCUCUGUGAAUAUUUUGAAGCAAAGAAGGUGAACUUUCAGGACAAGAAAGUGAUAGAGCUUGGUGCUGGGACAGGUGUUGUCGGGAUCCUCGCAUCGCUUCUUGGAGGCCAUGUAACCAUCACAGAUCUUCCUGUAGCCUUGAAGCAAAUAGAGGAGAACGUCCAUCGGAAUUUGCCUGCACAAUGCAUUGCACGAACCAAGGUUUGUGCUCUAUCAUGGGGUCUGGACCACAAGGAUUUUCCUCAAAAUUAUGACUUCAUCCUCGGUGCAGAUAUUGUCUAUCUCAAGGACACUUACCCACUCCUGAUAAGGACUCUCCAGCAUGUAUGUGGUGCACAGUCUAUUAUCUAUCUGUCUUCAAAAAUGAGAGAGGAACAUAGCACAGCACUGUUUUUUGAGAAUCUGCUCCCUAUGCACUUCACCACAAAACUCACCUUUAGGAAUGAGACUGAGAAUAUUAAUAUCUACAAAGUGACCAGCAAGAAUUACAUUAGUUAAAGACUAUCUUUGGACCUACACAGUAGAACAUUCAUUUUCCAACUUUAAAGAAAACGAACAUUGUGAUUUGAGAAUUCAGCGUGGAAUGAACUUGGUAAAGAUAAAAGUAAAGUUUCCCUCGCAUAUAUGUGCUAGUCGUUCCCGACUCUAGGGGGCAAUGCUCCUCUCCA